AUGGCCAGCUCUGAAAAUUAUCUUGGUCGCGUCGGGGACUACCCGGAUUCUUCAUACCAAGAAGAUCAGCCGUCAUUAGACCCCGCCAUCGAUCCUCGACUUUUCGACUCUAGCUAUCUUCCCCUAGAACCCGGCUCUGGGGAUGUGGCGUUUGAGGACUUUGGCCAACAUGGUCCCCUUAACACGGCGUCUAUGUCAAUAGGCCAGCGGAGAUUACUCCAAGAACAAGUCGACCUAAGCGGCUCUGAGGAAGAGUCUGACGAUGAAUAUUAUGACGAUAAUGAUGAUCCAGUAUGGAACGGGGGGCAUCAGGAUUAUGAAGGCUCUACUGAUGCCGAAAGCGAAGAGGAUGAUGGCUAUGAUCCCAACGAUGCUGCUUCGCCUCCUCCGCGGAAACGUCGUCGCAGAGGUCAUGGACCAUUCAGUGGCCGUUUCGGCGCACGAGGAGGCAAAGGUAUCAAACGAGGACCAAGGCGGCCGCUUGAACCCAGUCCAGAAUUCAAGAUGCUCCAUUCUCAGGCUACCGAAGCAUUCAUUGACGGUGAUUAUGACCGCGCAAUCGACUUGGUGCAGAAAGCCAUCCUUGUGAAUCCUGAAAUGUUUGCGGCUCAUUCACUGCUGUCUGAAAUUUUUCUCGCUCGAGGAGAAAAAGACAAAGCAGUAUCGGCUCUCUUCAGCGGCGCCCAUACCAGGCCGCGUGAUCCUACAGUGUGGCACAAAGUCGCAAGACUAAUCCAAGACCGAGCUGGAGAGGACAGACAAAAGACUCUAAAUGAUAUGAUCUACUGCUACAGCCGUAUCAUUGAAAUCGAUUCGAAAAGCUACAAUGCCCGCUUCCAGAGAGCCGCUGCGUACCGUGAAUUAGGUUACAACGGCAGAGCCGCAACCGAAUAUGAACGCAUACUCAAAGAGCUUCCGCAUAAUAUCCGAGCUCUGCGACAUUUGGCCGAAACAUACAUUGACAUGAAGGAUGUUCGGAAAGCUCUUCAAUAUUACUUGGAGAGUAUUGAAUAUUACAUGUCCCUCGACAAUGAUGAAAACAUGGAAUUCUCCUGGUCAGAUGUGAACAUUUGCGCAGAGUUGUAUGCGUUUGUUGGGGAGCCCGAAGCAGGAUUGCAACUUUUGUCAUCGGUUUCAAGGUGGCUCCUCGGCCGGAAGGAUGACAAGAUCUGGGAUGAGUAUAUUGAUGAUGAUCGGGAAUGGGACGCUGGAGACUCACCUCGCCGUAUCAAGACUGACGGGUUUAUACCAAACGCCUAUCCGAUAGACUCAUACGGAUUGGGGCUCCCGAUGGAAUUGCGCAUUAAACUAGGCACAUUUCGCCUGAAACUGGGCGAGCGUUACUUUGAAGAGGCAUUGGCACAUUUUGAAUGGCUGAAUCCCGAUGAUACUUCAGAGUCUUCUACCGUGUUUGACUACGCGGAUCUUUACAGGGAGGCUGCAGAUGCGUUAAAAGAUUCCGCUUUAUUUCCAGAAGCCCUUCGCUUCUAUAGACCGCUUCAGCUCACUGAGGAUUAUGCCGAUGUUAGCUUCUUCCUAGCUAUGGGAGAAUGUGCUUUUGCCUGUUCUGACCUCAGCCUGGCGGAAUCUUGCUAUCUUACGGUAGCAGAGAAUGACUCCACAAACCUACAGUCUCGAGUUAAUCUGGCUAAACUUUAUGAAACAAUGGGUGAAAGGGACCGGGCUCUCUAUUUCGUGAACCAGGCAGUCUUAUUAGGACGCGAAUCUAGAGGUCGCAAUCGAAGGCGGCGUAAGGAUCGUCGAAUAGCGCAGCUUGCAAAAGAGUUUCAGGGCGAUGCUCACGUUUCAACCCGUAUCGUACCCAGGCAUUUAGCGAAUGAGGUAUCUCGGCGCGAAGCGCUGCAGGACAGCGAUGCGAACCGUCCACAGCAGGUGCAAUAUCUGUAUUCGAAGAUGAACGAUCUACGACCGAGAAUGCGGGAUGGAGAUACGGAUGCGACGGAGGAUUGGCUUGACAUUGCUGAUGCGCUGUUACAUGACUUUCGGACUAAUCGCGUUUUCUAUCCAUUGCAGAAGAAUAUGAUCUUUCUUGGGUACUCGCGGGAAGAGCAAAAAGGGGCCAGGAAGAAAGAAACAGUCAUGGGUGAGGUGCAGGAGGUGGCUGAGCGAUUGAAAGAAUGGAUUGGUCAGUAUAAUGCAGAUGAAGUUCCGACUAGCAUUCCAAACGACUACUACGGAAUAUCAUUUGACGAAUGGUUUGAAAUAUUUCUUGAAUACGCCUUCGUGGUUUCUGGACAAGGUGAUAAGGACGAAGCGUAUGAUGUCCUGGCUGCUGCUGCAGACGCCAGCGUCUGGUACCAUUCCAAGGACAAAGUACGGCAAAUUCAUAUUUGCUGGAUUACAUGUGCUCUUCGAGCAUAUGAUGAGGAAACACUUGUCAGCGAAGCGCGGUGGUUCACCAAAGAAUACCCAUUCGUAACAGAUACAUACCGACUGUUUUCAAUGUUGAGCCGCAUAUGCGGUGACCCCAAUAGAUCUCUGUUUCAUGCAUCGCCCAGCAUGAAAUUCAUGCUCCGACAAGUUAAAUUCAUGGACUCCACCUUACCUGAAGAUCAUUAUUUAACAAAGACAUGGACAUCGAAGUCAGGAGUUGCCAAUAAAUCAAUGACAAUCGUAACGCGGAACUCGAAGAAUCCGCCAAAGACAGCGUCUCUGACCAAGCGUGGCGAGAACGCUGAACCCAUAACCGCAGAUGACAUGGACGUCGCUCUUUUGGUUCUAUAUGGAAAUAUCCUUUACUCAGGGAACAGUUUCUACCCGGCCUUGAACUACUAUUAUCGAGCAAUUGCACUUGAUCCCGAUAAUCCAGGGAUUCUGCUACCCAUCGCACUAUGUUAUAUCCACCAUGCUCUCAAAAGGCAGGCGGAUAACCGACAUUACCUGAUUUUACAAGGACUAUCAUUCAUGUCCUUGUAUCGAAGAGCACGCUCUAAAAGUGAGAUCGAAGACAACGGUGACAAAGCUGACAACGAAAAGACACAAAACAGUGUUCAUUCGUUAACUCUACAGCAAGAAGUAGAAUUCAACUAUGGACGUGUUUAUCACUCCCUUGGUUUAUUGCACCAAGCUGUGCCGUGUUACGAGCGUGCAUUGGAGUUGGGUGACCAGAUCAAGUCGUCUCAAAAUGAACAGAAUGGAGCAGAAAAAGGAAAGGUCCGAGAUUUCGCGAGGGAUGACAAGCCGGAAGAAGAUCUCAUCGUGGAAGAUUUCUCACCAGAGGCGGCUGUUGCAUUGCAGAAUAUCUAUGCUCUUAAUGGAAAUAUUGCGGGUGCUCGGAAGAUCACGGAGAAAUAUCUUAUUAUAUGAUUUGAUCUACUCAUGUUGAACAAGUCAAGCUUGGAUGAUUAUUGUGGUCGGGUUUGACACCCCUGACGUACAUUAUUAGUAUGAAUGCAACAGCACUUCAUCUCAUUUUGUUGCCAAUUCAAAGCAAAGAUUCUCCGACAAUUUCGGUCCUUCCAUGAAUAUACCUAUUAUCUCUGGUCGAACUUACUCCCUACUCCUCGGCAUCCUAGGCAAAAGCAACCAAAACCCUAGAACAGCAACCAACAACGCCAGCGCAAAGGGCUGCAAAACCUGCACCCCCUUUGACUGCGCAAUCGCACCAACCGCAAACGGGAAAAUAGAACCCCCUAUUCCACCCAGAGUAGACGCGAAGCCAAUUGACGAAACAUGGAGAUGUUUCGGUAAUACCUUUGUGGAAGCCACGACGGCGGCAGGGAAAAGGGGACCGAGAAAGAAGCCCUCGAUGGCGAUUGCGACGGCAGAGACGUAGAACUGCGGGACGAGCCAGAAUAUGAGUUCAAAGGCCAUUGCGAGGGCUAGGUAGACCUGUUCAUGAUCAUCGACGAUUAGUAUUUGCGGAAAUGAACGGGAUAAGCGUCU